AUGACCUCUUCCCCUACAAGCCUCAACCCCAACAAUUCCGCCACCUUCCCGACUACGCUCCACCACCACCAUCGCCAUGCCGACACCAAUCCCCUCCUUCCUCCUCCGUCCUCCCCGACCACGCAGCCGCCGCCCGUCGCCAACGAAACCCUAGAAAAAAGCAUCCUACUCCACGCGGUGGAGAUCGAGCAACCCGAAUCCUCACCGGGCGUCUCGGUACCUCCGUUUUCCUGGCGGAAGCUCUGGAAAUUUACCGGUCCCGGAUUCUUGAUGAGCGUUGCUUUUCUGGAUCCGGGGAAUCUGGAAGGCGAUCUGCAGGCUGGGGCGAUAGCUGGCUACUCCCUGUUGUGGCUUCUGAUGUGGGCCACUGUUAUGGGCCUCCUCAUCCAGUUGUUAUCUCUGAGGCUUGGCGUAGCUACAGGCCGGCACCUGGCGGAGAUUUGCCGGGAAGAGUACCCACACUGGGCCGCGGUGAUGCUAUGGUUCAUGGCGGAACUUGCCCUCAUCGCGGCGGACAUUCAGGAGGUUAUUGGGAGUGCUAUUGCUCUCAGGAUACUCAGCAAUGGGGUCGUGCCCCUUUGGGCUGGCUCUCUCAUUACUGGUUUUGAUUGUUUCAUGUUCUUGUUCCUCGAGAACUAUGGCAUCAGAAAGCUUGAAGCUUUUUUCGCUGUCCUCAUCACUAGUAUGGCUUUCUCAUUUGCAUGGAUGUUUUUCGAAACGAAACCUAGUUGGAGAGAUCUCAUAGAAGGAAUAGUAAUACCCAAGCUCCGUCCAGAGACAAUCCCAAAAGCCAUCGGAGUCAUUGGCUGCGUCAUAACCCCAUACAACGUCUUCCUAUACUCCGCCUUAGUCCAGUCGAGGAAAAUUGACUUGAAAAAGAAAGGCAGGGUACAAGAGGCUCUCAAUUACUACACGAUAGAGUCUGUGAUGGCCGUUUUUGUUUCGUUUGUGAUCAAUUUAUUUGUGACUGCCGUAUUUGCAAAGGGAUUUUACAGAAGUGUGGGGGCCGAUAGUUUGGGGCUAGUGAAUGCUGGUGAAUUUCUUGAGAAGAGAUACGGUGGCGGGCUGCUCCCAAUUCUGUACAUUUGGGCCAUCGGGCUUUUCGCGGCCGGGCAGAGCUCGACCAUCACAGGUACUUAUGCCGGGCAGUUUAUUAUGGGUGGUUUUCUCAACCUUGAGAUCAAGAAAUGGGUGAGGUCAUUGAUCACGAGGAGUUGUGCCAUAUUGCCUACGGUUAUCGUGGCUGUUGCAUUUAAUAGAUCCGAGGAGUUGCUCGAUGUUCUGAAUGAGUGGCUAAAUGUCCUUCAGGCAAUGCAAAUCCCAUUUGCGGUCAUCCCUCUUCUCCAUUUGGUGUCAAAUGAGCAUAUAAUGGGCGCUUUUAUGAUUGGAACGGUUGUCAAGAGGAUUUCAUGGGGCGUGGCUGUAUUGGUCAUACUUGUGAAUGGAUAUGUUUUGGUCGACUUCUUUGUAACCGAAGUUCAUGGAUUGCUGUUGGGAGUAGUUGUCUGCCUCGUCGCAGCUUCUUACACAUCAAUUCUUGUCUAUCUUAUUUUCCGAGGCCACACUCUCUUUUCAUCACGAGCUGAUGGGUUUUCCUAUAUCAGAACCACUUGA